ACAGCCAUCACAAUACUUGCCCUUUCUCUCUCUUCUCUUUCUCUGUAAUAAAAAGCUUGGUCUCUGUUUCUCCAAUGGCGUCCUCAACUCUCCAAAUUCUGAUCCUAGGGUUAUCCCUAUGCGUUAUGAUAAUCUCACCGGCACAGUCCCUGACCUGCAAAUCUCAGAAAUUCAGCGGAAAGAAGUUCGCCAACUGCUCCGACCUCCCGGUCUUGUCCUCCUACCUCCAUUGGACCUACGACGCUUCCAACUCCUCUCUCUCCAUCGCAUUCACCGCUCCUCCUCCAAAAUCCGACGGUUGGGUUGCCUGGGCCAUAAAUCCUACCGGAACCGGCAUGGCCGGAGCUCAGGCUUUCGUCGCCGUCAAGCAUUCUAAUGGAUCCGCAUCCGUAACGACGUACAACAUCACUUCGUACAGCAUGCUCAUGCCAGCGAAGCUUUCUUUUGAUGUUUGGGGAGUUAGCACCCAAGUCGUCGGUGGAAACAUCACGAUCUUCGCCACCGCAAAGGUGCCGGCGAAGGCGAAGACGCUGAACCAUAUCUGGCAGGUCGGUCCCGGAGUCAACGCAACAAAUGGAUUUCUCAUGAAGCACGAUUUUGCUCCGGCGAAUCUUAUGGCUAAGGGGACAUUGAACUUGUCCACCGGAACUGAAACUAGUGGUGCUGCUCCGGUUCCGGCUCCGGCUCCGGCCACAAGCUCAGCUUCUUCUCCGUCUACUGGCUCCAGUAACAGUACUGGUAAUUCUACCACUGGUAGUGGCAAAAAUGGAGGUGUUUCUUUGAUCGGUAGCAGUAACAGUUUUGGUUUUUGUAUGGUUUCGCUUCUGGUUCUUGUUAAUCUCCUGGCUUUUUAGAUUUGGUGAAAGUGUUAUUGUAGAAGUUUUUUUUUUUUUUUAAUUGUUAAAUUGAUGAUAGAGAUUUAUUGCGUCAUCAUGUGGAGAUUUGAGUAUGGAAGAUUUUUAGCUGGAGAAUAAUAUAUUAAAAAAUUUAUGUGA